CAUCCCUAAUUACUUAUUUUCUUCACAAUGCGUUUCUCUCAAUCUCUCAUUGUUAUGGUCGCUGCCACCAUGGGUGCUAAUGGCGCUCCAUCUGGCAUGGACACCCGUGAGCAGAGCGCUCUAAGCCAUCCCGCUCUUAUUGGCAGACAGGCAACCCCGCUUGUGCCAGCUGCCGCUCCUACUGCUCCCUCUCCCGUCCCGGAGCCCAAGGCCGAUGGUGACAAGAACGGCGACAAGAACGGCGACAGGAACGGCGACAGGAACGGCGACAGGAACGGCGACAGGAACGGCGACAGGAACGGCGACAGGGACGGCGGACGUGAUGGCAACCGCGACGGAAACCAGGACUGCCGCGCCGAGGACCGCGGCCGUGACAGGGACGGAAGACAGUGCUGCAUUCGCAGUCGCCAGGACGGUGAUCGCGACAGCGACCGCAGGGUGGCCCGCGAUGAUCGCGAUAGUGACCGUGAUGGACGUGGCGACAACCGGGAUGGCCAGCGCGAUUGUUUCCGCGACGUCAACAACGGCCCACCUCCUCCGAUUGGCCCCCCGCGUGGCCCCCCCUUCGGUCCCUACCCUGUUCAGCCCCGUCCCGGUUUCCGCGGCCCUCCGGGUGUCUAUCCACCAGGCUUCCCCGGAGCCAUUUCUCCUCCAGGCUUCCCUGGAGCCGUUCCUCCUCCCCCUCCGGGCUACCCUGGAGCCGUUCCUCCUCCCCCUCCUCCGGGCUACCCUGGAGCCGUCCCCCCUCCCCCUCCUCCGGGCUACCCUGGAGCCGUUCCCCCUCCCCCUCCUCCGGGCUACCCUGGAGCCGUUCCUCCUCCCCCUCCCUCUAAUGGCCCUGAUGGUCCUCGCCGUGGUCCUGACGGGGGUCGUGAUGACGCCACAAAGACCGAAUAG